AUGUCAGACCCUCUCUCGAUCGCUGGCAGCAUUGCUGGCAUCGUUCAGUUAUCCGCAGCUGUUUUCCAGCAUGUCUCCAAGUUCGUGAAAGACGCAAAGGGCGCUGAGAAGACCGUUAAAGACCUUGCAGAUCAGACUAGAAACUUGUCCGGCGUUUUGCACAAUCUCGCCCUCCUCGCGUCGUCACUUGAGCAGGAGACCGCUACCUCAGCGUUCAAGGCACAUCAUCUCCACGCCUGCCGACAGACUCUACUUGCCGUAGAGAAACGUCUGGAAAAGCCGUUGUCUGGAUUCAACGAAGAGAGUAGACGACAAGCAGUAUACCGCAGCCUGAAAUGGCCUUUCUCCGGCGAAGACACCAAGGGGUUGCUGGCGCAGAUUGAAGGCCAUCGAAACACCAUUUCUCUGGCCCUAUCCACAGACACCCUCGAGAGCAUGUUAAAGUGUUUGGAAAAGCAGGACGAUAUUAUUGGAACCCUUAUCUCACUGAAUCAGAAGGUCAAGCGCCUGACUACCAUUCAGACUAGGAUAGAAUGUGACGAGAAGCGUCGGAAGAUCAUCGACUAUUUCUUGAAGGUGAAUCCUCAGGUCAACUUACAAACCUCGAGUCGAAUGCGUCAGCCCCUCACCGGACUAUGGCUCACAGAAAGCAAUUCUAUCUUCUUGAAGUGGGCUGACCUCCCGCGCUCCGGUCUCUGGUUGAGCGGAAUACCCGGAGCUGGUAAAACCAUUCUAUCUGGCAUGGUCAUCGAGAAAGUAUUACAAAAGAGCAGCCAAUCAGUCGCUGUUGCAUUCUUCUACUGUGAUUACAAGAAUAAUGAUAGCCAGAAGCUUCUCAAUAUCUUGAGCACAAUAGCCGUCCAAUUAGGACAGCAGAACCAGCAGGCUUUCAGAAUUCUUGAGGAAUACCACGGAGGAUUGAGAUCCGCAAAUGGUCUAGAUGCACAGCCUGAGCCAAAAGAACUGCUUGAUCUGAUAAUGAAAGUCAUCUCGGUGUACGAGAAGGUGUUCAUUGUCGUCGAUGGACUUGACGAAUGUGGAGGCAACGUAGCGGAAGUAGCUAAGGCUAUUAAACUUCUUUUAGAUGACUCGUCAUCCGCCAGCAUUGCAGUAUUCAGUCGGGACGAGCAGGAAAUUCGAGACGAAUUCGCGGACGAGUUCGCUCGUAUUGAGAUCGCAGCUCAUACGGAAGACCUCGACAUCUACAUUCGUGCCGAGAUGGCCCACAGAAGACAACUUCGCAAUCUUGGUAUCCAGAAUCCACAGUUUGCCGAAGAGAUCCGGCACCAGCUCGUGGACGGAGCACAAGGAAUGUUUCGAUGGGUAUCAUGUCAGCUAGACUACCUCUGCGAGCUGAGUACCAAUCGUGCCCGGCGGGCAGCCUUGAAAUCUCUACCCCCAACACUUCCAGAGACAUACCAUAGGCUAUUGAUCAGAAUCGCUCAAUCAGGAACAGACUCCAUGAGUCUUGUGCGAAGAGUGCUGCAUUGGACCAUUGCAGGAAGUCGAAUGACUCUGGCCGAGAUGCGAGAGGCAGUGUCAUUCGUUUCUUGUCCCAGCAAUCAAUUUGGACCUGAUGACCUCAUUGACGAGAAUGAAAUCUUCAGGAGAUGCAGCAGUCUGGUUAGAAAGUCCGAAGUAACUAGGGGCUAUUCUGUGCCCUCUAUAGAGUUGGCCCACUUCACAGUUGAAGAAUAUCUCACGAGCAUCGACGAUACUUCCGACGUCAAAUUCUUCAAGUACAAGCGGCACGAGGCAGAUGAAGAGCUUUCGACGGCUUGUCUAAGACUGUUCGUCUCUAGAGCUGAUAACACCAAGCUAGACCCAAUGACCGACCUCACGCUGAACAUGAACCGUGUACUGGAGCGUUUCAUCGGAAAUUACUUUUACUUGUAUUCGACCGCUAGGUUGUGCGAAUUCUGCACUCCCUAUCCAAUCUCCAAGAGCCACGGAGAAUUUUGGUUACAUUCACAGAACAUCGCCGAGUUUGAUAAGCUUAAACUCUUGUUUCAAUCCUCACGAGGGAUCUCGCUUCUGGAACUGGCCAUUGGAUCAAGAAUCAGAUGCACGAUUGCAGACAGCAGCCUUCUUAAAGGUCGUUGGAACAAGGAUGAGGAUAACGAGAAGGCGACUCUCAUAAAAGCCGAAGCCAAAACACUUCUCGCAGCUCUUCUCUCACCGGGCUUCACACCAUUACAACUUGCAGCUGCCAUGGGAAACCCUGGGUUAUGCAGCUUCCUCUGUGAAAGGAUGACGCCAAUAAGCCCUUGGGAACUUCAAAAAUGUUUGUAUUUCGCCUUCAGUUCCAUGCAACUCUUUUAUAGGAGACUAGGGACCUCUGAUGAUGUAGGCCAAUACCCGGGUAGCUAUCUGGGUCAAUUUCGAACGCCACACCGAACCAAUGCGAUCACGACCUUGCUUCGCGCACUUUUGGAAAAGAACACUAUUGAGACAUUAUAUUUCGCCAAAAGCACGUCACCUCCUGGGACAGGUUUCGCGGGAAACACACUCCUUCAUGUCGCCGCUCUUUACGGAGAGUUGGGGCCUGUAAAUAUUCUCCUCGAGGCCGGAUUUCUCCCUGACGAUCGGAAUUCACAUUCGGAAACCCCCUUUGACUUGGCGGUUAAACAGAAAUGGUGGGAACUAGCAAACCGCUUGCUCCGAUCGAAAUCACCACAUAUAAAAGCGUACAGAGCUAUUGAAGAUGGGUCCGAUAGGAACGAGAAUAGUCCUGACUUCAUUACAAAGGACUUGGAGGCCAUGCCACCGCCAUCCGCGACUGUGGUCAGGUUUGCGGUUCAAUACGACGAUUUAGAACUUCUCAAAGCCGUCAUUGACCAAGGCGUUUCCGUGAACGUUGAGCUACCUGAUUGUCUCAGUUGCCCUCGGAGUCCACUGGUCUUGUCUAUAGUACUUGGUAGAAGACAAUUCGUCCUAUGGCUACUCUCGCAGGGUGCGAGCUUGGAGAAUUGUGCUUACAGGAAACUACCACUGGGACUACAAAGCGUGGUUUCGUUGAUAGUGUUCUAUAAACUAGACAUUGACAUACUCGAGCUGGCGCUGGAAGAGUCCCUUCGUCAGAAAGUCUGGUGUACGGAAGAAGAACUAAAUCCGUUUCAUGUCGCAGCUCUCAGGUCAAACUCCGAUGCUAUGAGAUGCUUAUUCAAAAGUUACGAAGAAAACUCUCGUUUUUGGGGCUCGACAAGACAGCCUCGUAAAAUUGGCUUGACAUCAGCAGCAUCAAUGCUCGGAGUCUUUCCCACUCUAAUCAACGAUUUAAGCACAGUGAAUUCAGAUGAUAACGAACACUGGCCAAGAGAAAAGAGUUUUCGAGGCACUCCCCUUCACUACGCCGUCGUAGCAGGCUGCGAAACAUCUGUCCUCCUCCUUCUUUCACAUGGUGCUGAUUCAAACACGAUCGACCAGUAUCAAAGGUCUCCGUUAAUCAUAGCGGUGCAAAACAAUUUCAAAAACAUAGCUGAACUACUAGUCAACGCUGGUGUGGACUUAGCAUGCUCCGAUGACGAAAACCAGACGGCCCUUAUGUGCGCAGCGACAGAGGGUAAUAUGGAAAUGAUCAAAGUUUUGGAUAAAAGCAACGUUGUGCUGUCCAUGCCAGAUUCGCAUGGACACACAGCCCUUCACUACGCUGUGAGUGACCAGGACACUGCCGUUAGCACGUUCAUUUACUUCACUGAGAGGGGACUAGAAUCGGUCUUUGCCAAUUCCAACGCAAUGGAAAGUGCGGCCUCAUAUGUCUUUCGACAAAGCAGACAAAACAAUCCUUUGGUCACAUUUGUUCUGAAUUCCGGCUUUCUCACGCGCAUCACAAAAUUCGACAUUGGAAAUCCCCUUUCAUGUGCUGUGGCUGCAAGCGACGACGGUCUUCUUCGCAGGCUUUGGCGAAUUCUUCAGAAUUGUCCUGAGUCUCAGAGACUUCUCAAUGGAGAGACUGAACUUGAGUACAGUCCUCUAUGUCUUGCGGCAAUGGGUGGCAAAGAUCUCUUCAUCCAGCAGUUGCUGGAGUACAAAGCCGAUCCAAACAAAGAAGGGUGUCGACAUGGAAGCCCAUUGAUGGGUGCUUGCACAUUUGGCAGACUGGAGGCUGCGAAAAGACUCAUUCGCAGCGGCGCUGCGAUAUCCUAUACAAGCGAGAAGGGCAUAUAUCGGAACGCUUUUACAGUUGCCAUGCCCUUUCCUCGUCUUCAAUCAUGGUUACUGGUUGGCAGAUUUCAGGAUCAACCCAAAUUGUGUUCUGACUCUCAUUGGAAAGAUUGUGAUUCAAGAGUAGGGCAUUGGAGUGGGUUCUUGAAAGCUGAGUGGAGGCUAGUAGGGAAGAACAAGCAGCUCAGAGACGAGUCUAUGCUUGACUAUCUCAUUAAAUGUCACCAGCUCAAGAGGUGGGCCGGGGGACGUGUCCUGGUUCCAUGAUUUGCACUAGGCACUCAUUGUUUAAUUCUCACAGCGAUGUUUGUUUGUAAUUAUUGGUGUUUUCCACUUUCCUAUCCUGGGCCGUGACCAUAUCCUUUCUGGGCCAUCGAAUUCUGGAUACGGAUUGACCUCUGCAGUUGACAUCAACAAGCUGUUGGUCAACGCCGUCUAAUUGGCCACUAGCCAGAAAGUAAUACCAAUGAUAUUGCUUGCGGGGG